AUGAUAAAAUUCAAUGCGCUUAGGGUUGAUCAACUCAACAAAUUGUUACAAAACCAAGGUGCGACAGUUAUAGGCAAUAAAGCGGCGAAAGUUUUGGAGCUGAUUGAGAUAUACAGUUCUGAAGAAGUUGAUGCUGAAGAAGUUGAAGAAAGCAGUGAUAUGAUGCGUGAUAUGAUUGCGGGACUUGCCAAGGGUAGGGGUGGUUAUCGUCGUGGUGGUAUUUCAAAUAAACCAAAAGAACACGUUCGCAUCCCGCUGGAUGUUAAAGAACGAGGAACUAUGCUGACAGGACAGCAUUUGUCGAAGACCAAUUCUGAGUUGAAAAACGAUCCUUUAUAUUUAGAGGCGUUCUUUCCUACACCAUCAGAAGAAUUGAAAAAACGUUCCCGGAUAAAUGGAACUUUUCGUUGGACAGAACGACAAACUAAAGAUUUACUCAACAUUAUCGUGGAAAUUGUAAAAGCUAAUCCGGAACUGUUCGAGAAACCAACUGCUCAAAAAUUCUAUGAGCAUAUUACAAAAAAUGCAUCUACUUUGAACAGCAUCAAAUGGGAUGUUAUGUGCACAAAAAUGAGGCACCUAAAAACAAGCUUUUCGUCCGCACUGAAAUGGAAGGUUCAAACAGGUGCAGGAUUGCUAGAAAGUGGAGAUGUAAAAAGCGUUGAAGAUUACAUUAAAAAAAUGUGUCCAUUCUAUGAUGACUUGUACGCAAUAUUUGGUCAUCGUGUAAAUGUGCAGCCGCCAGCUAUCUAUCAAUCUACCAUGCCAGUGUCAUUGUUGGAUACUUUUGAAGUAGAUGCGUUGAUGGAAAAUGAUGGCGAAACAUUUUCACAAGUUUACCUGAAAGUCCGUUGGCCAGUCCGACUGUGGUGCUUCCUUCUACAUCAGAGAGUGUAGCAAGUCCGUCCGCCCUGUCCAUCGCAACAAGUGCUUGUACGCAAAAUACCACUACACCAAAAAUAAAUUUAA